AUGGAGGGCAUGGAUUUGGAUCUGGACCCGGAGCUUAUGCAGAAAUUUAGCUGCAUGGGCACUACCGAUAAAGACAUCCUCAUAGCCGAGUUUCAGAGACUGCUUGGGUUUCAACUGAACCCCGCUGGAUGCGCCUUCUUCCUGGACAUGACCAAUUGGUGAGCUCGGGGACUUGUGGCCUCUCUGUGUUUGCUAAUGCUAACUUAGCUAGCUAGGUAGAGGAUUGAGCUAGUUAGUUAGUUGCAUAACGGAUAGUCAGCCAACAGUUUGUUUGUGAUUUUUAUUUUUAUUUACAAUUCAACGAGCAACAACUAUUUUGUGUGUCUAUUCUUAGAUGUAAAAUGUAUUUAAUUGGAUUGUCAUUUGGAUUGCUAGCUAGCUAAUUGGCUACAGCUAGGACUUCCUUGGUUGAAAUAUCAUUGACAGAUGAGAUGUGGGUCUAUUUACUAUCAUUCUAUAACGUUACUGGGGGACGUGUAAAUUGCAUAUCUGCAUUUUCUAGUAUACAUGUAUGUUACCGUCAGACUAAUUAUAAUGUCUGGAGAGGGUCUUCUUGAAUUAACGUUAGCCUGGCAUCUUUAGCAAGAGUUGUCAUCAUAGCUAGCUAGGCAACUACAACCAAUGAGGCUCGUUGGUCCACUCUGAUUUUAUUUUUCAACAAUACAUUUAUUUAUUUCCACAUGAAAGUGUCCAGGCAUUACAAGACCCCGGCCUAGGUCACAACAAGUUACCAAGCAUAUAAUUAGAAUACCAGAAUGGACAUGAUUGUUAUUAUGACAGUAUAAAAGGUCAGCCGUUUUGCCGGUUAGGGAGAGUAUAGAUCAGCCAUGGUCUGCCAGUGCUGUGAUAAGAUAUUGUGUAAAACAAUUAAUUGUAUUAUUAUAUGCACAGCAUGUUUGUUAGCCAGCCAACCAGUUUAAAGGUGCAAUAUGCGGACAUUUCCUGGUUGCUACAAUUCUAAUAGUUUGCCUAAUUUCAGUUUAUGUAACAAAAGAAGCAGUCAUUCUAUGGAGAAUCAUUGUACCAUUUAAACCACUGUGAAAUAUAACCAAAACCAAAAAUAAAACAUUUUCAGCUGUUUGAAGCUGGUGUGAAAAAUAAAAACCGAAAGUAAAAUACACAAAAAAACGAAACAUAAGAACGUGUAGCAUAUAAAUAGCUCACAUAGAACAUCUACCGUGUCUUAGACUUGCUUUCAACGAGAAUGACAGAUCUAUAACUCACAUUUCUAUGUGAAUUUGGUAGUUGCCCAAGAAGUUACAUAUUGUAGCUUUAAGGCUUUGUCUAGACUUGACAGUUCAUGCAGCUUUAGUAUUCUGAUCAUAGAGUUCUGAUCAUGGAAUUCCAAGCGUGUCAUGCAUCUACAACCACAUUUAAAAGUCUACCGUGUCUACAGUGUGUCCGGAUUCCCUUUUCCCGCGCUAUAUUCAAAUGCCAGUAUGCAUUCUACAAACAGUGGAAUAGGCAAAAUACGAUAACACAACAAACUAUUAUGACACCUCUAUCGAAAGGUGAGUCUCUCACGAAGACAUACAUGUCAGUUGCACUAGGACACCCACAAGACUCACCUGAAGUUAGCCCGGUACCACACUUCAAAACUUCCUUUUGAUAUUUUCUUUGACUAGCUGUUUUUCCAUGUAUGAAUCUGUUAUUCAAUGCGUUUCUAUGGGCUAAUAGCAGUAAGGCCAAAUUCAGUAUUUCAUCAAAUAAUUUGGUUAUUUUCUAUGCCUAAAGGGGUCCUAAAAUUCCAAAUCAAAUAGCUAAAUGAUGCUUGCUAUGGCCAUCUUAAAACAAUUCCAUAUGUUAGCUUAGUAGAACCCUCCCCCAGGCUUAGACACUAGAGGAGUCAUUGGAUGUGUCUUCUGUACGGAGGAGUUUUGUUAAGAGCCCCAAUGCUCGUUCUGAACAUUAACACGCAUCGCUUGCGGUAUGGUUUUGGAAGCAUAAGGACCUUUCAUAUCAGCGAGAAAUAAUUGUCAAAAGGUUAAAUUGAUACACACCUUUUUAUAGGGUUAGCGUUCCCACAUGGCCAUAUCUCCAUGUUACAGCGCAUGUUUACGGAAGACAGAGGGACCACCUGUGAUAAUUAGUUAUCUAGCAUGCUCCGAACACCUGUGUGCAACAGAAGAAGCCUGCCAGAAACGUGUUGUCACUGAAAAAUACUGUUGGUUGCAACUGUGAUAAAGCCGGUUAAAACAGUGUACAGUAAGUGUAUAUUUAGCAUUUGUGAAAUUAUUUUGAUGUGAUAUGAAAGUAAAGGGCUUUAUGUUUCUUGAACCGUAUCACAAUUGAGAAUCAUUUCACGUUUAGAUAGACUUUUUGGCUGCCAGAGCCAGUCUACCUUUGAAAAUAACAUAACUUCCUUGGACCUUAAGGAGUAACCGUAGGCUCCUUAAGAGUACGUCUUGGGCUAACUGCUGAUAUGCCAACAUUCCAUACAUACAGUGCAGUCAAUCCACAGCCAUACACUGGCUGAAAUCAGUUGAUGAUAGGACUUAUAAAUGCAACAAUUACUGAUAUUGUAUCAUUAUAACACAGCUUUACAAGAAAACAAACACUAAGACAUUUAUGAUCUGUCUACAUAUAUUUUAAAGCUAUUUAUACAGAAAAUUGGUAUAACACCUGUAUAAACUAUUUAUAGGCCUAACUUUGACAAUAUUUUAGGUUGACAAUAAUUAUAUUCCACAAUAUCUUAUCACAUGCCUUACUUUUAUUUUCCUGCAUAAGUAAAGCAGGAAAUGCAUCUCCAAUGCCUCUACUGCCAUUCAUUCCAAUUAGACUGUUUUGGAUUUCUCCCUGACCACCAUAAUGGCUGCCGCUUUCAUACCAUUCUGGAACUUUUAAGGGUUAUGACAUAGCCCCUCUAGUAAUUUAAUAGGAUCUCUAUGGUACCAAGACCCUCCUUUAGAUCAUGGGCACGUGCUGCAGUCAGCAUGUUGUGCAGUUCAAGUUUCACAUGCAGCAAUGUUGCAGGUGGAAGUUUUGCCCCCACACAGCAGUGUUCUGCUGUGGAAACGUUUCACAAUUUGUUUAUUAAUGUAACUAUGUACACAAUACACAUCAUCAUGUCUCGCCGUUGUUUGUCCUUGGUAAUGUUACUGGACAGUUUAUCUUCCAUGGUUGUGAACUUUAUAACCCCAUUCAUUGACUGUUAAAUUUUUACAGUUUUGCUUUGCUACUGACUAGGACUAGUUAACUAACAACAUCAUGGCAAAUGGGCAUUCGAAGGCCUUGAUUUGGAAUCAUGUGAGACUAUGUAUUUGCACUUCCAGAAUGCGCUGUCUAAAAUUAGAACUGCUGCACUCACGUAUGACAGUAGGUAUGUUGCUGUACAUUCAGCUUGCAGCAUUUCUGUAGUGUUGCUCUGAGGAACAUGCAUAAUUCAAAAGGUCAAUGUCCACUAAAAUACAUCUGGCCAAAUUGUAUGAGCAAGGAACAUUUUGAAAGGGACUAAAAAAACUUCUCAGAGCAUGUAAUUCCUGUUGACCGGCUUGUUAGUUAGUAAAGGCCUUUAGGGGUGGUGGCUUCAGUGGGCUUGGCUCCCUCUCGUUAUCAGUGUGUCCCUGUCCUUAUUAGUGUGUCUGAUUUAAACAAAAAUAGAACUGUUUGGCCAUAAUGACCAUCGUUAUGUUUGGGGGUGCUUGCAAGCUGAAGAACACCAUCCCAACCGUGAAGCACGGGGGUGGCAGCAUCAUGCUGUGGGGGUGCUUUGCUGCAGGAGGGACUGGUGCUCUUCACAAAAUAGAUGGCAUCAUGAGGAAGAAAAAUUAUGUGGAUAUAUUGAAGCAACAUCUCAAGACAUCAGUCAGGAAGUUAAAGCUUGGUCGCAAAUGGGUCUUGAAAAUGGACAAUGACCACAAGCAUACUUCCAAAGUUGUGGCAAAAUGGCUUAAGGACAACAAAGUCAAGGUAUUGGAUUGGCCAUCACAAAGCCCUGACCUCAAUCCUAUAGAAAAUUAGUGGGCAGAACUGAAAAAGCGUGUGCAAGCAAGGAGGCCUACAAACCUGACUCAGUCUUUUAUCUUUGAGAUGAUUGUCUUUGUUAGGCAAUCCAUAAAAUAAAGCCUGCGAACUACUGAGGAAAGCCUCCUUGAUAUAUUUAUUCCCCAUUAGUAAAUGGUUUUACAUGUUUAGCAAUACACUGCGCAACUUUAUAGCUCCCCUCUGUAGCUUGAUUUUUGACUGCAUGUAGAUUUGUAAACACACUGCUUUGCUUUUCAUACCUGGACACGGCCCUCUUGAUUCCUUCAGCCGUGUCCACCUCAUCCUUUAAGUUUUUCUCAUGUCUCGUUUCAAAAUAACGCUGUACACUUCAUGUCCGACGAACAACAGUUUUACAACAGAGCGCAAACAGACCGGUCCUUCAGUAAAACGUAUCCAUAUUUAUCCAAGAGGCAAUAAAUGAGCGGACAUCUGCCUUUUCUUUCAUUGCUGAUGACAUUUUGUGCCCUGAACUUUUUUAAAUAACAAAAUAAGGCUUGCUAGCUUCUAGCCAUGUGAAAACGAAUCUCAUCUUAUAAUAAUAAUAAUAAUAAUAAUAUAAUAAUAAUAAUAUGCCAUUUAGCAGACGCUUUUAUCCAAAGCGACUUACAGUCAUGCGUGCAUACAUUUUUGUGUAUGGGUGGUCCCGGGGAUCGAACCCACUACCUUGGCGUUACAAGCGCCGUGCUCUACCAGCUGAGCUACAGAUAUAACCAAUCUUCAGUGCUUCCUUGGUUUUGAAUUUGGCGUGAGAGGCGAGGCGGGUCGUCUAGCGCUGAACUAAUAAUAUGAAACUCCUGCAAAAUCAUGAAAGCCCAUUGGCUAAUCAGGAUUUGACAUACCUUGAACUACAACGUUGCAAUGAAUACCAAUGCAAUUUCGAAACGAAUGCAUGCAAUUUCAAUUAUUUUGUCCAGUUUAUUUUAAAAAAAAUUAACCGGCAAAAAUAAGUGAGAUAAUAAACGUCCAGCCAAGGCUUAGCACGCCACGCAAAAAAAGUAAUAUAUAUAUAUAUAUAUAUAUAUAUACAUUUUUCUUAAAUCAGCAUCUCUACAUGUAUGACAGCCAUUCCAUUCCAGUGUCUGUUGAAUUCCAACCCAGGCACACCUCAUUUUACUGAAUUAGGUGCUGAUUAGGUGAUCACCUGAACCAAAUCUUAUUUAACGAGGAAAAGUAUAAAAACCACUGCUGUGGUCAUCACUGUCCUCUUGCAAUAGGACCAGCUGGAUGGCAAAAACAGUGCUAAUAGUACCUCAAAAGUAAUAUUAAUAAAAAAAUAACUAUUGCCAAAAGAGUUGAAAAGGAACGUUUUGGGUGAGGAAAAGAAGGGUUCAAUUCUGGCUUUACUGGCAGAGGGAUACAGUGAGCGUCAGGUUGCUUCCAUCCUUAAAAUGUCAAAGAUGGCGGUUCAUAAGAACAAGGUCAAGCAACAGACAUUGGAGACAACAAAGCUACAGACCGGCAGAGGGCGAAAACGACUCUACUGACCGGGAUGACCGCCAACUCAUUCGAAUGUCACUCAACAACUGUAGGUCCAGAGACACUUGAAACCCAACCAAUUUUUUAAAAAAUAAAUAAAGGUGGUUGUCCCACUGGCUGUCCUAAGUUGAAUGCACCAAUUUGUAAGUCGCUCUGGAUAAGAGCUUCUGCUAAAUGACUUAAAUGUAAAUGUAGAAUGACAUCAAGUGACCUACAAAAAUAAUGGCAAACGGCAGCUGGGGUGUGAAGUGCACGGCGAGGACGGUUCGAAACAGGCUCCUAGGGGCAGGGCUGAAGUCGUGCAAAGCUAGAAAAAAAGCCCUUAUUACCUUUUACAUUUUAGUCAUUUAGCAGACGCUCUUAUCCAGAGCGACUUACAGUUAGUGAGUGCAUACAUUUUUCAUACUGGCCCCCCGUGGGAAUCGAACACACAACCCUGGCGUUGCAAGCGCCAUGUUCUAUCAACUGAGCUACAGGAGACCUUGUCACAACACAACUGAUUGGCUCAAACGCAUUAAGAAGGAAAGAAAUUCCACAAAUUAACUUUUAAGAAGGCACACCUGUUAAUUGAAAUGAAUUCCAGGUGACUACCUCAUGAAGCUGGUUGAGAGAAUGCCAAGAGUGUGCAAAGCUGUCAUCAAGGCAAAGGGUGGCUACUUUGAAGAAUCUCAAAUAUAAAAUAUAUUUUGAUUUGUUUAACACUUAUUUUUUUUGGUUACUACAUGAUUCCAUAUGUGUUAUUUCAUAGUUUUGAUGUCUUCACUAUUAUUCCACAAUGUAGAAAGUAGUAAAAAUAAAGAAAAUCCCUUUAAUGAGUAGGUGUGUCCAAACUUUUGACUGGUACUGUAUAUAACAAAUAUUUCAUGAAACAUUGAAUUUGGCCUCACUGCUAUUAGCCCAUAGAAACACAUUUAAUAACAGAUUCAUACAUGGAAAAACAAGAUGGUCAAAUAUGUUAUCAAACUUGUCUCUCCUACAGUGCAUUCUGAAAAAAUUAUUCAUCAAUCUACACACAAUAACCCAUAAUGACAAAGCGAAAACAGUUUUUUUAAAUUGUAUUUUGCUAAUGUUUAAAAAAUAAAAAACAGAAGUACCUUAAGUAUUCAGACCCUUUGCUAUGAGACUUUAAAUUAAGCUCCGGUGCAUCAUGUUUCCAUUUAGCAUCCUUGAGAUGUUUCUACAACUUGAUUGAAGUCCACUUGUGGUAAAUUCAAUUGAUUGGACGUGAUUUGGAAAGGCACACUCUUGUCUAUAUAAGGUCCCACAGUUGACAGUGCAUGUCAGAGCGAAAACCAAUCCAUGAGGUCGAAGGAAUUGUCCUUAGAGCUCUGAGACAGAAUUGUGUGGAAGGGUACCAAAACAUUUCUACAGCAUUGAAGGUCUCCAAGAACACAGUUGCCUCCAUCAUUCUUAAAUGGAAGAAGUUUGGAACCACCAAGACUCUUCCUAGAGCUGGCCGCCCAGACAAACUGAGCAAUCGGGGAGAGAAGGGCCUUGGUCAGGGAGGUGACCAAGAACCUGAUGGUCACUCUGACAGAGCUCCAGAGUUCAUCUGUGGAGAUGGGAGAACCUUCCAGAAGGACAACCAUCUCUGCAGCACUCCACCAAUUAGGCCUUUAUGGUAGAGUGGCCAGACAGGAGUCACUCCUCAGUAAUUGGCACAUGAUCCCCGCUUGGAGUUUGUCAAAGGGCACCUAAAGGACUCCCAGACCAUGAGAAACAAGAUUCUCUCGUCAGAUGAAACCAAGAUUGAACUCUUUGGCCUGAAUGCCAAGCGUCACGUCUGGAGGAAACCUGAAACCAUCCCUACCCGUGACUCAUGGUGGUGGCAGUAUCGUGCUGUGGGGAUGUCUUUCAGCGGAAGAGACUGGGAGACUAGUCAGGAUCGAGGGAAAGAUGAACGGAGCAAAGUACAUUGAGAUCCUUGAUGAAAACUCUGACUGGGGGGGAAGAUUCAACUUCCAACAGGAUAACAACCCUAAGCACACAGCCAAGACAACGCAGGAGUGGCUUCGGGACAAGUCUCUGAAUGUCCUUGAGUGGCCCAGCCAGAGCCCGGACUUGAACCCGAUCUAACAUCUCUGGAGAGACCUGUAAAUAGCUGUGCAGAGACGCUCCCCAUCCAACCUGAAAGAGCUUGAGAGGAUCUGCAGAGAAGAAUGGGAGAAACUCCCCAUAUACGGGUGUGCCAAGCUUGUAGCGUCAUACCCAAGAAGACUCGAGGCUGUAAUCACUGCCAAAGGUGCUUCAACAAAGUACUGAGUAAAGGGUCUGAAUACCCUUAAAACAUUUACAAAUAAACGUUUUUGCUUUGUCAUUAUGGGGUUGUGUGUGUGUGUUUGUUGAUUAAAAAAAAGUAUUAUUAUUUCUUUUUUUACUAAGGCUGUAACAAAACGUGGAAAAAGUCAAGGGGUCUGAAUACUUUCCAAAAGCACUAAUAUCUGAAAGAUGUAUAAGAAAGUUCAGAAAAAUAUAAAUCGUAAUUUACCAUGGAAUUACCUGUACACUGUGUGCACAAUUAUUAGGCAAGUCAGUAUUUUGACCAUAUCAUCAUUUAUUAUGCAUAUUUCCCAACUCCAAGCUGUAUAAACUGGAAUGCUUAUUGGAUUUAAGCAUAUCAGGUGAUGUGUAAUGAUGGAGGGUGUGGCCUAAGGAGAUCAACUCCCUAUAUCAAGGUGUGUAUAAUUAUUAGGCAGCUUCUUUUCCUCAGGCAAAAUGGGCCAAAAAAGAGAUUUAACUGACUCUGAAAAGUCAAAAAUGGUAAAAAGUAUUUCAGAGGGAUGCAGCACUCUUGAAAUAGCUAAGAAAUUGGGGCGUGAUCACAGAACCAUCAAACGUUUUGUUGCAAAUAGUCAACAGGGUCGCAAGAACCGUGUUGAGAGAAAAAAAGACGCAAAUGAACUGCCAAAUAUUUGAGAAGAAUCAAACGUGAAGCUACCAGGAACCCCAUUAUCCUCCAGUGCUGUCAUAUUCCAAAACUGCAACCUACCUGGUGCCCAGAAGUACAAGGUGUUCAGUGCUCAGAGACAUGGCCAAGGUAAGGAAGGCUGAAACCCGACCACCACUGAACAAGACACAUAAGUUGAAACGUCAAGACUGGGCCAAGAAAUAUCUGAAGACAGAUUUUUCAAAGGUUUUAUGGACUGAUGAGAUGAGAGUGACUCUUGACGGACCAGAUGGAUGGGCCCAUGGCUGGAUCCGUAACGGGCACGGAGCUCCACUUCGACUCAGACGCCAGCAAGGUGGAGGUGGGGUACUGGAAUGGGCUGGUAUUAUUAAAGAUUAGCUAGUUGGACCUUUUUGGGUUGAAGAUGGACUCAAACUCAACUCCCAAACCUACUGCCAGUUUUUAGAAGACACUUUCUUCAAGCAGUGGUACAGGAAAAAGUCUGCAUCUUUCAAGAAGACCAUGAUUUUUAUGCAGGACAAUGCUCCAUCGCAUGCAUCAAAGUACUCCACUGCGUGGCUAGCCAUUAAAGGCCUUAAUGAUGAAAGAGUAAUGACAUGGCCCCCUUCCUCACCUGACCUAAACCCUAUUGAGAACUUGUGGUCCCUUCUUAAACCGUCAAUUUACGGUGAAGGAAAACAGUACACCUCUCUGACCAGUGUCUGGGAGGCUGUGGUUGCUGCUGCACAAAAAGUUGAUUAUCAACAGAUCAAGAAACUGACAGACGCCAUGGAUGGAAGGCUUAUGACUGUUAUUGAAAAGAAGGGUGGCUAUAUUGGUCACUGAAAAUGUCAAAUGUUUAUUUGUAAAUUUUGAGUUGUUUGUUUAUUAUUCUCACAUUAACAGAUGAAAAUAAACAAGUGAGAUGGGGAACUUUUUGUUUUUCAUUUAGUUGCAUAAUAAUUCUGCACACUAAUAGUUGCCCAAUAAUUGUGCGCACACAGAUAUUCUCCAAAGAAAGCCAAAACCUCACUUUUACUUUCUUAAAUAUUCAGGUUUGAGGUUUUAUUAACAUUUUGGAUUGACCGAGAGCACUGUAGUUGUUAAAUAAUACAAUGAAUCUUCAAACAUACAACUUGCCUAAUAAUUGUGCACACAGUGUAUACCUUUUUACGUGGAAAGGCCCUAUUCACUUCCAUUCAUUUGUUGGCCCGGUACUGUGAGAAGACCGAUUUUCCGGGAUGUCUCCUGGUCUGACAAACUCGGCCACCUAUCAUUGCAGACGGAUGUUGAUGGGGAUUUUUUUUGCUUUGAGCCAAGUAUGAGGGGGGCCUCAAGCAGAGAAAUUAUAUUUAUAAAAAAAUAUAUAUAUAUAUAUAUAUAUAUAUAUACAGUGAGGGGGAAAAAAGUAUUUGAUCCCCUGCUGAUUUUGUACGUUUGCCCACUGACAAAGACAUGAUCAGUCUAUAAUUUGAAUGGUAGGUUUAUUUGAACAGUGAGAGACAGAAUAACAACAAAAAAAUCCUGAAAAACAAAUGUCAAAAAUGUUAUAAAUUGAUUUGCCUUUUAAUGAGGGAAAUAAGUAUUUGACCCCUCUGCAAAACAUGACUUAGUACUUGGUGGCAUUGACAAGAUCCUCCCGUGUAGUUCUGGGCUGAUUCCUCACCGUUCUCAUGAUCAUUGCAACUCCACGAGGUGAGAUCUUGCAUGGAGCCCCAGGCCGAGGGAGAUUUGACAGUUAUGUUGUGUUUCUUCUAUUUGCAAAUAAUCACACCAACUGUUGUCACCUUCUCACCAAGCUGCUUGGCGAUGGUCUUGUAGCCCAUUCCAUCCUUGUGUAGGUCUACAAUCUUGUCCCUGACAUCCUUGGAGAGCUCUCUGGUCUUGGCCAUGGUGGAGAGUUUGGAAUCUGAUUGAUUAAUUGCUUCUGGCUCCCAGGUGUCUUUUAUACAGGUAACAAGCUGAGAUUAGGAGCACUCCCUUUAAGAGUGUGCUCCUAAUCUCAACUUGUUACCUGUAUAAAAGACACCUGGGAGCCAGAAUUCUUUCUGAUUGAGAGGGGGUCAAAUACUUAUUUCCCUCAUUAAAAUGCAAAUCAAUUUAUAACAUUUUUGACAUGCGUUUUUCUGGAUUUUGUUGUUGUUAUUCUGUCUCUCACUGUUCAAAUAAACCUACCAUUAAUAUUAUAGACUGAUCAUUUCUUUGUCAGUGGGAAAACGUACAAAAUCAGCUGGGGAUCAAAUACUUUUUUCCCUCACUGUAUGUGUGUGUGUGUGUGUGUGUGUGUGUGUGUUUCAUAUGGUAUGUAUUAAUUUGUAGAUGUCCAUCAUCCAUUUCACAUAUGUUAUGAAUUUGCAAAACGUAUAUGUUACGAAUUCCAAUUUGUUGCGGCUAAUGUUAGCUUGGUGGCUAACGUUCGCUAGGCUAUGGGUAAGGUUUAGAAGUUAGGUUAAACUAUUAAGGUUAGGGGAAUGGUUAGCUAACAUGCAAAGUAGCUCAAAGGUAGGCCACUCUAAAAUGUGCAGUUUUGUCACAACACAAUGCCACAGAUGUCUCAAGCUUUGAGUGAGUGUGCAGUUGGCAUGCUGACUGGAGGAUUGUCCACCAUAGCUGUUGACAGAUAAUUUAAUGUUAAUUUCUCUACCAUAAGCCGCCUCAACGUUUUUUUAAAUAGAAACCGGCGAGUGGUUUGCUGAUGUCAACGUUGUGAACAGAGUGCCCCAUGGUGGCUGUGGGGGUUAUGGUAUGGGCAGGCAUAAGCUACGGACAACGAACACAAUUGCAUUUUAUCAAUGGCAAUUUGAAUGCACAGAGAUACCGUGACGAGAUCUUGAGGCCCAUUGUCAUGCCAGUCAUCUGCCGCCAUCACCUCAUGUUUCAGCAUGAUAAUGUACGGCCCCAUUUCGCUAAAAUCUGUACACAAUUCCUGGAAGCUGAAAAUGUCCCAGUUCUUCUAUGGCCUGCAUACUCACCAGAGAUGUCACCCAUUGAGCAUGUUUGAGAUGCUCUGGAUCGACGUGUACGACCACAUGUUCCAGUUCCCGCCAAUCACCAGCAACUUCGCACAGCCAUUGAAGAGGAGUGGGACAACAUUCCACAGGCCCCAAUCAACAGCCUUAUCAACUAUGUGAAGGAGAUGUCGCGCUGCAUGAGGCAAAUGGUGGUCACACCAAAUACUGACUGGUUUUCUGAUCCAUGCCCCUACCUUAUUUUUUAUGUAUUUUUUUUAAUUUUUUUUUUAAGGUAUCUGUGACCAACAGAUGCAUAUCUCUAUUCCCAGUCAUGUGAAAUCCAUAGAUCAGGGACUAAUGAAUUUGUUUCAAUUGACUGAUUUCCUUUAUAUGAACUGUAACUCAGUAAAAUCUUUGAAAUUGUUGUUUCUUAUAUUUUUGUUCAGUAUAUUUGCGUUUACUAUGUUACGUCUAAUCUAUGAGACCAAGCUUAAUUCAGGCACUUAUGUGCUCAAAUCUGCCAUUUUCAACCCGUAUACGGGUACGAGUGUAACGGGUUAAGUUUACUUCAAUAAACAGCCCUUCCUUUAGUAGAAAUAUGAUCUUUUUGCUUCUGAUUUCCUUGCUUUAUUUCCCCCUCUUUUCAACCUCCACCCUGUGCAUCAAAACGGGGAUAGUUGUGUUUUAACUGAUAUCCAUUCCUUUCCCCCAUUUACGUCUCUCAUAGGAACUUACAAGCAGCCAUCGGAGCCUACUAUGACUUUGAAAGCCCCAACAUCAAUGCACCAUGCAUGUCUUUUGUUGGGGAUGUGACGAUCGGUGAGGGGGAGUCUGUUCCCCCUGACACACCAUUCACUAAGACGUGGAGGAUACAGAACACAGGUUGGUUGAAGUGAAAAGACCCUUUAGGAACUGCACACAGUCACAGCCAGUGUUGACAAGGCCUUAUUGUGCUCUCAUAGCUCUCAGGCUUUGAAGUUCCACCCUAGUAGUAAACAGCAUCCCUAACAAGCUACUGAUUGUUACUGCGGCUGGCAAUUGAGGUUAUGGUUUAUUAAUUUCUUCGUGUAAUUUGUUUGUCUCUUGCAGGAACAGAGUCGUGGCCCCCUGGGGUAUGUCUGAAGUAUGUUGGAGGGGACCAGUUUGGUCAUGUGAACAUGGUGAUGGUGCGCUCAUUAGACCCCCAGGAGAUGGCUGACGUCAGUGUGCAGAUGCGCAGCCCAGUGGCUCCUGGCAUGUACCAAGGCCAGUGGAGGAUGUGCACAGCCACCGGACUCUUCUAUGGGGGUGAGAAACUUUAUUUGGCAACCAACUAAAUGACUAGCACAUAACUGUUUAUAACUGUUUAUUACAGAUUAAUAAACUAUCUAUAAAUGUAUUUAUUGUUCAAACCACUCAUAAACCUUUUUUACAGCCUUUAUAAAGUAUACUUUGAUGUAACGUGUUACCGCAGUCUAAUGUUGAAUUCACCAAAGGCAACGUUUUCAUCACUUGAAUAUAUUGAAGGUCUAAUGCUUAUACUGGGUGUAGUUUUAGAAUACCUUUCCCCCAGUGGAGUGUUAACAUUGUUCUUUCCCCACUGUAGAUGUGAUCUGGGUGAUCCUCAGCGUGGAGGUGGGAGGCCUCCUGGGUGUGACGCAGCAGCUGUCCUCCUUCCAGGCAGAGUUUAACACCCAGCCUGCCCGCAACGUGGAGGGAGACUACAACCCCUUCGCCUCUCCACAGAAACACGCCGGCAGCAACGACAACAGUCACCGUGACGAUAGCGGUCUCAAGGACCCCGCGGACACCUGGGAGGGUGGCCCGGACCAAAUGCAGCAAGAGCAAAAUGGACGGUCACAAAACUCUGUGAAUAUAGCAACAAACGGUCUCCAAAGCAACCUAUCAGUAGUGACUUACAGCCAGGUAAGGCCUAAUGAAGCAACAAUACCCUUCAAUGUUUAAUAUACUAUAGCUCAUCAGUAUAACCAAAACUUUGUAUUUAUUAAUAUUUUUCUAUAUCCACAAAAUGUUUCUUUAUUUUCCCCACAGGGUAUUCACGGACCCUAUCCUUUUGGGCAGUCUUAAAACAUGGGAAACAUCUUCACAGCCAGGCAGCACUGUGUUCCUGGAUUCACACCAACUAAUGAGGGAGGAGGCUUUACCUGUGGCUGGUGGAGUAUCCUGAGAUUCAUAUAAACACUUAUGCAAAGUCCCCCCUCCACUUUACCGCAAAACAAACAGAAACCAGAAGACAAAGCUGCUCUGUUCUGUCCCAGCAUACGACUCAACCAACAACAUCCCACAUCCAGUGUAUGCAUGUGUGAAUGCUAAGUUAAAAAUGAGAGUGCUACAAAUCUUUUUAAAAGAGAUGAGACAGGUUUUUUUUCUGAUCUUUAUUUUUUGUUUUUUAGUUGUCGUGUCUGAAUGCAGUUGAGACUACAGUGUUGAAAGGAGGAGUGUGUGUCUGUUUGCGUCAGUGUGCUUGCGCGUGGGUGGGUGUGUUUGCGUGUGUUCUGCAACCUGAAAGAGACAGACUAGGGAGGAAAAGCCAUUUAUUUUGCGUACUGGUCCUCUAGUUCUUAAACUGACUUUUAAAAAUGUAAUCUCUGUUCUCUUCUUACUUUUUUAUCCUAAUUUCACAGUGUAUACUUUUCAGGGACAGGAGAGUAAUUCCACAAAUUCAGCAGCCUGAUAUGUAUGUGUUGUUGUUGAUGUUUUCUGGUAACAUCAAAUGAAGAACAGCUUAUUCACAUACAAAUCCUGUUCACUAUUUGCUGUAGCUUCACUUUUGAUUAUGUUACUCUGAAGUUGAGCUAAAGUAUAUCCAUCCACUAGAGGGAGGUCUUUAUCAAAAUUGCAGUUGCCCAGUCCUGUCAACAACAAAAAAGAAACAUGAACUAACAUCUACUCAAAUCAGGGUCAAUAAGUGGAAAGUAGAUUUGAAUCACCACCCUGUAGGUUCAAUUUGUUUUCAUAUGGCUUCAUUUGUUCUGUGAGAUUGCAAAAGUCCCCAUGUUGCAAAGCAGUGACGUUUCUGGCUUUUAUCAUCUUGAGUUGAAUGUAUUUGCUGAAUGUAGAGCUAUGUUGUUUUGAAGCAUCUUUGCUUAUUUUGCCCAAAGAUCUUAUACAUUUGCCUUGAAAAAGACAGCUUGAUUUAAUAAUGUUUUCUGAUUUUUCUAGCAAUUUUGCUAAUGAUGCAUUGUCCUGGGCUUUGGAAUAAACUGUUGAGGGAAAAUUCUGAAUUCACAAUUAGUGUCCUCUUGCUCAGACAUUAAAAUGUUAAACAACUCAUUCAUUUAAAUAUUUGUUUGUACCGGUAGUCAAUUCAUUAGUUCCCCAACAGUUAUGUAAAGAAUGUGUUAA